AACAGUCUGCCACUCUGCUGUCUCUAAACCCUAAUCAUUUCUGUUACACCUCAUCUCCUCUCAUCUCUCCCCUUCCCUAAACCCUAGACCAAUUUAACCACCACUUCCGAUUCUAAUCUAUCUGCAACAAAACCAGACGAACAUGGAUCUUCAAAGUCUAGCUAUUGUUCUACAAGCAGCUCUCACUCCCAAUCCUGCUGAACGCAAAGCCGCUGAAGACACUCUUACUAAGUUUCAGUAUACUCCCCAGCAUUUAGUAAGGCUGCUGCAGAUCAUUGUAGAUGGAAAUUGUGAUUUGGCAGUGCGACAGGUUGCCAGUAUUCAUUUCAAGAAUUUUAUCGCGGAAAAUUGGUCGCCUCAUGAUCCAGAUGAACAAUCCAAGAUCUUACCAAGUGAUAAAGACCUAGUGAGGCAAAACAUUCUUGUUUUUGUAGCACAAGUUCCUGCGUUGUUGAGGGCACAGUUGGGUGAAUGUCUCAAGACAAUUAUACAUGCAGAUUAUCCUGAACAAUGGCCUGCCCUUUUGCAGUGGGUGACACAUAAUUUACAGGACCAACAAGUUUAUGCAGCUCUAUUUGUUCUGCGAAUUCUUUCUAGAAAAUACGAGUUCAAAUCAGAUGAGGAGAGGACACCAAUUCAUCAUGUUGUCGAGGAGACAUUUCCUCAUUUACUCAAUAUAUUUAGCAGGCUUGUUCAGAUAGGAAAUCCGUCAAUAGAAAUUGCGGGUUUGAUUAAGCUCAUCUGCAAAAUAUACUGGUCUUCUAUUUACCUUGAGAUUCCAAAGAAAUUAUAUGAUCCAAAUGUAUUCGAUGCUUGGAUGGUACUUUUCUUAAAUAUAUUGGAGCGACCUGUUCCAUUAGAGGGUCAACCCACGGAUCCAGAGUUACGGAAAUCAUGGGGGUGGUGGAAGGUAAAAAAGUGGACGGCUCAUAUAUUAAACCGUCUCUAUACUCGAUUUGGGGAUUUAAAAUUGCAAAACCCGGAAAGCAAAGCUUUUGCGCAACACUUCCAGAAAAACUACGCUGCGAAAAUUUUGGAAUGCCAUUUGAAUUUAUUAAAUGCCGUUCGUGUCGGUGGUUACUUACCUGAAAGAGUCGCAAACCUGAGUUUGCAAUAUUUGAGUAAUAGUCUUGCCAAGAGUACCACAUACAGUCUGCUCCAAACAAGGCUUGAUGUGGUUCUUUUUGAGAUAAUAUUUCCACUUAUGUGCUUCAAUGACGAUGAUCAAAAGCUCUGGGAGGAAGAUCCACACGAGUAUGUCAGAAAGGGUUAUGAUAUUAUUGAAGAUCUGUAUAGUUCUAGGACUGCAGCGAUGGACUUUGUGACCGAGUUGGUGAGAAAACGUGGAAAAGAAAAUCUUCAAAAAUUCAUAUUAUUCAUUGUGGAGAUUUUUAAGAGAUAUGAGCAAGCACCAAUUGAGAUUAAACCUUACAGACAAAAGGAUGGUGCACUUCUUGCCAUUGGAACUCUGUGUGAUAAACUGAAACAAACUGAACCGUAUAAAUCUGAGCUCGAGCCCAUGUUGGUGCAGCAUGUUUUCCCCGAGUUCACCAGUCCAAUGGGCCAUAUCAGAGCAAAGGCUGCAUGGGUUGCAGGGCAGUACGCACAUAUAAAUUUCUCCGACCCGAACAAUUUCCGCAAAGCGUUACAAAGCGUUGUUGCUGGGAUGCGAGACCCAGAGCUUCCAGUGCGCGUUGAUUCCGUUUUCGCAUUGCGUUCUUUCGUUGAAGCCUGCACAGAUCUCGGUGAAAUUAGGCCCAUACUUCCACAACUACUUGACGAGUUUUUCAAGCUUAUGAAUGAAGUCGAAAACGAAGAUUUGGUGUUCACCCUCGAGACUAUCGUUGACAAGUUCGGUGAGGAGAUGGCGCCCUAUGCUGUCGGCUUAUGCCAGAAUCUGGCUGCUACGUUUUGGAAGUGUAUGAAUACUGAAGCUGAUGAUGAAGCGGAUGAUCCUGGUGCAUUAGCAGCUGUCGGUUGUUUACGGGCUAUUAGCACUAUUCUCGAAUCAGUCAGCAAGCUUCCUCACCUUUUCGCUCAUGUUGAGCCAACUUUACUUCCGAUCAUGCGCCGGAUGCUUACAACCGAUGGUCAAGAGGUAUUUGAAGAAGUUCUGGAAAUUGCAUCAUACAUGACGUUUUUCUCACCGACAAUAUCCAUGGAUAUGUGGAGUCUUUGGCCGUUACUAAUGGAAGCUCUUGCUGAAUGGGCUAUUGAUUUUUUUUCAAAUAUCCUUGUUCCAUUGGACAACUAUAUAUCCAGAAGUACGGUGCACUAUCUAACAUGCAAGGAGCCUGACUACCAACAAAGUUUGUGGAACAUGCUUUCCAAUAUAAUGAAUGACAAAAACUUGGAAGACAAUGACAUUGAUCCCGCACCUAAGCUUAUCGCAGUGGUGUUACAAAACUGCAGGGGUCAGGUCGACCAGUGGGUCGAACCGUAUAUUAGAAUCACCGUUGAACGGUUGCAUCGAACUGAACGCCCGUUUUUAAAAUGCCUUUUGAUGCAAGUUAUUGCCGAUGCUUUAUACUACAAUCCAUCAUUGACACUCAAUAUAUUGCAAAAGCUUGGUGUGGCUACGGAAAUCUUUAAUCUUUGGUUUCAAAUGUUGCAACAAACUAAAAAGAACGGUGUGCGGGUUAAUUUCAAGCGAGAAAAUGAUAAGAAAAUAUGUUGUUUGGGGUUGACUUCUUUGCUUUCACUUUCGGCUGACCAGUUGCCGUUGGAGGCCUUAGAGCGUGUUUUUAAAGCAACACUUGAUUUACUUGUUGCCUACAAGGAUCAGCUAACAGAAGCCGAGAAGGAAGCGCCUGAGGAUGAUGAUGACGACGAUGAUGACGACAUGAAUGAUAGUUUGCAAACUGAUGAUGAUGAUUAUGAUGAUGAUGAUGAAGAUGGCGAUGAAGCGAAUAGCUCGAGACUUCAAAAACUGGGUGCACAGGAAAGGGUAUUCCGGUCAACUGAUGACUACGAUGAUGACUCAGAUGAUGACUUCAGUGACGACGAAGACUUGCAGUCACCUAUCGAUGACGUGGAUCCCUUUAUUCUCUUUGUUGAUACUGUGAAAGUUAUGCAAGCGUCAGAUCCGACAAGGUUCCAGAAUCUCUCUCAGACACUAGACUUCCGUUAUCAAGCACUAGCGAAUGGAGUGGCUCAGCAUGCGGAUCAAAGAAGAGCGGUCAUUGAGAAAGAAAAACUCGAGAAAGCAUCCGUAGCCUCGUGAUAUUUGUCUUGUAUUGUAUAAUAUACAUUUUGUUGCGUGUCCUCGAUUUUUUAACCGUCGGUGAGAUCCCGAUGGGUCUGGAUGGCCACAUUAUGGCGACUCACAAGUAGACGAGAGUGUAUUUUUGGUUUGAAAGGUGAAAGGACUUUCUCCAAACCGGAGAUGAUGACCGUGGUUGACCUGGUGGAGGUUGCAGGUGUAUUUUUGUACUGGUGAUUUGAGAUCAUAGAAGUCGUUUUGGCUCGGGUUGUGUCCUGUGCAUUACAGGGUCUGGUUUUGUUUUUUUUUUUAAUUCAUUUGUAUUCUGCACAAUUGUUCCCUUAUUAUUGACUUUUUUAUCGUCCAUGUUGACAUUGUUGUAAAAAAAAGUUAUUUUUUAUUUUUAUUUAAAGUUCUCAGAGAUGUGAAAGUUGAA